AGUGUGAGCCUUGGGACAUCCCAAGUACGUUUUCAUUCAUUCUUGACAACAGUAUCUUUAUUGAUCCAUAUAUCUCUGUUUUACUUUGAUAUGGUUGGUCCAUAUAGAAGAUUAUGUCAUGAUCUUCUUUCGUGUUCAUGGUUUUCUAGAAACAAAACUUUAGAAGUUAGUUAAUUAAUCCAUAUCUACUAAAACAAAAGUUGGAACCAAUAAACUUUAAGAUGAUGAUGUCACCUCAUUUAUUUUGCAUCCAGUUUAUACAAUGUAGUCUAUUUAUCACAAAAACCUUAUUCAAACAUAUAACAAUACUAGUCGAUUUAUAUAAUGUUAUGGAUUGGGGUAAAAUUAAUACACAUAUAUACAUACUUUAUAAGUCUUUUAUUUUCAUGAUCAGAUGAUUACAAUUUAUAAGAAAUUUACAUAUAUUACGUAAUAAUAUGAAAUUAAUUCGAGAGGCAUAGAUAAUUGUAUACGAGAAGUUGACACUCUUGGCGUUAUCCUCAACCAAAUUCUUGAAAAAAAAGCUUUGGAUAAAAUAAAAUAAGAGUAACGACGAAAAAGUCAAUAUCUCGAUUUUGUUGGUUUAUAGCCUUUAGAGUGUGACAUAUUUUAAGUUUCAAAAUGUAAAAUUCGUUGGGUUUGAUCAAAAUUAGUAUUCUUAUUCUCUCCUUUGCUUACGCCUCUAAUGGGUCCUGAUUAGUUUUCAAAUCAAUGUUAAAUUGACCCUUCAACUACAUAAUAAUUAUUCAAUGCUUAGUCGUCAUUCAUUUGAUCAAAGAUAUUUUUCUUUAUUUCAAACAAAAUUCCACAAAAAAAAAAAAAAAAUCAAAAUCCUACUCAUUUACACGCGUUGGAUUCCUAUUCGUUGUUUUGGUUGAAUAAUCACAUGUUGACAUGCUUUAGUUCAAUCCCUCACGGAUGUAUCUUUUAUCUAUACUAUUAAUCGUAAAUCCUAAAAUAGCCGAUAUAUUUGAACAUGGCAUAUCUUAUAAAGAAAAAAAUUCUCGUUAUGAGAUUCAUUAAACUUUUCUAUUUAUUUUCAAUAAUAUCCUACAAUUUUUUUGUUGAUUAACCAAGUUAAGUUUUAAAAGCUAAAUGUUUCUAAACAAAAGGACAAAAUUUAUACUAUUGCGAGACAAAAAAGUUGGCGCUAACAUUUAAUCACAUGAUCAGUUUCAUUAUCCUGUAGUGUAUAAUACAACUAAGCGUGUUUGUGUGUAUGUUUCAAACAAAUGAUUAGAAAUGGCAUGCGUGGGAGGGAAGGAUUGGUAUUUCUACAGCCAAAGAGACCGAAAAUACGCGACGGGGCUGAGAACUAACCGAGCAACGGCCACCGGAUAUUGGAAAGCCACCGGCAAAGACAGAACCAUUCUAAGAAAGGGUAAGCUAGUUGGGAUGAGGAAGACAUUGGUUUUCUAUCAAGGUCGAGCUCCUCGAGGCCGUAAAACCGAUUGGGUCAUGCACGAAUUCCGUCUCCAAGGAUCUCAUCAUCCUCCCAAUCAUUCUCUGAGCUCUCCAAAGGAAGACUGGGUCUUGUGUAGGGUAUUCCAUAAGAAUACGGAAGGAGUUAUAUGUAGAGACAACAUGGGAAGCUGUUUUGAUGAGACAGCCUCUGCAUCGCUUCCUCCACUGAUGGAUCCUUACAUCAACUUUGACCAAGAACCCUCUUCUUAUCUCAGUGAUGAUCAUCACUACAUCAUCAAUGAGCACGUACCCUGCUUCUCCAAUUUGUCACAGAACCAAACCUUAAACUCGAACCUAACCAACUCAGUCUCUGAACUCAAGAUUCCAUGCAAGAACCCUAACCCCUUGUUUACUGGUGGUUCAGCCUCAGCCACGCUCACAGGCCUCGACUCAUUCUGUUCUUCAGAUCAGAUGGUUCUCAGAGCUCUACUCAGUCAGCUCACUAAGAUUGAUGGAAGCCUCGGGCCUAAAGAAUCACAGAGUUAUGGAGAAGGUAGCUCGGAGAGCCUCCUGACCGACAUCGGUAUUCCAAGCACUGUUUGGAAUUGCUGAUGAUCGAGUGUAACGAGAGUUACUAUUGCUAUAUUCCUAUCCAUGAUUGGAACAAUUCUUCGGGGGGAAAUAACGUGUGCUUGUCUGAUUGUACAAACAUUUCCUCACUCUUGUACCCACGGUAGAUUCAUGUAAAAUACCACUUAUGACGCUAGACAUACAUAUAUUUCAUCGUAGUUCCAUUUGUUUCAAGGUAUUAAGGACCUCUAGAACAAUUGAUCAAAAAGAUAAUAUGAAACAUCACUACCUGUGUACAUGAUGGGAUAGGUGAUUGAAUAGCC